AUGGACCGCGACGGCCCCGCAGCCAGCCCCCUGAUCGCUAGCAACGAGACCGCGCCCCCGGUUGCCGCCACCCGCGACUCGAGCCCCGGCAGGGCCGGGCCGGGACCCGCGGGCCCGGGCGGCGGUGCGCGCCCGGGGGGCGGGAGGCCGGCUGCAGCGAACGCUGCGCGGGAGCGAAGCCGCGUGCAGACUCUGCGGCACGCCUUCCUGGAGCUGCAGCGCACGCUGCCGUCGGUGCCGCCGGACACCAAGCUGUCCAAGCUGGACGUGCUGCUGCUGGCCACCACCUACAUUGCUCACCUCACCCGCAGCCUGCAAGACGACGCCGAGGCGCCGGCGGACGCUCGGCUGGGCGCCCUGCGCGGCGACGGCUACCUACACCCUGUCAAGAAAUGGCCCAUGCGAUCAAGAUUAUACAUCGGUGCUACUGGUCAGUUUCUGAAGCAUUCUGUGUCUGGAGAAAAAGCAAAUCAUGGCAGUACUACAACAGACUCACAGCCUUAG